AACGGACGGACGGACGGACGGACGAACGGACGAACGGAGGGAUAGACGGACGGAGGAGGGACGGAGAGACGGACGAACGAAAGCACGGACGGACGGACGGACGGACGGACGAUCGGACGUUAGUUCGUUCGGUUUGACGUUCGGAGGAUCAGUCUAUUUUGUUAACGUCGCGCCGCGUCGUUUACUUGAAUCACCGACAAGGGAUUAUUUUUUCCUGUAAGAAGAGCUCGGAUUGGCCGUCGUCGGGUUUACGACGUCGUCGUCUGGCAGUGUAUCUCGCGCGUCGUUGUUUAUUCGAGCGUUUCUCUAUCGCGUUGGCAGAUCGGCGAUAGUAAAAACGAAAGCCAAAACGGCGACGACGACAAAGACCACGACAAAGACAAAGACAAAGACGUCGUACGGUGAUUAUUGGGUGCGCGUGUCUUUGUUUUUCUUUCUCGGUGCUCGAUAUUCAGCAGCGUUGUUGGUGCGACGGACAGAGUGCGGCGCGUUACCGUGAAAAGGAGACGACGACGACGACGACGAGGAGGUGGAGGAGGAAGGAGGAGGAGGAGGAGAAGAAGAAAAAGAAAAGAAGAGGAGUCGGUUGCGGCGUUGGAGGAAGAAGAAGAGGAGGAGGAGGAGGAGGAGUCGGUGGUGGUGGUGGCGGUGGUGGAGGAGGAGGAGGAGGAGGAGGAGCGUUUACCCGUGAGUUCACGAAGCCGUGCGCGCUGGAUACGUAGCGGACUCUCGUGGAGGACCUUCGUGCGUGGAGCUACGAUCGGGUGGCACAGCUGAUCCAAGGACUCGGGUACGAAGGGCUCUUACUUGCCAAUAACAGCCGACAAAUAUGUCGUCCCCCAGCGCUGGAAAACGACGUAUGGACACGGACGUUAUCAAACUAAUAGAAAGCAAACAUGAGGUGACGAUCCUCGGAGGACUCAAUGAAUUUUCUGUCAAAUUCUACGGACCACGAGGGAUGCGUAUCUUUCAUCGGCGAAAACGGAAAUCACGAUGCUCCAACGUGGGAACGAGAAUCAAGGAACGUUAUCGCACCUUACGAGGGUGGAAUAUGGAAGGUGAGGGUUCACUUGCCCGAACAUUAUCCCUUUAAAUCUCCUUCGAUCGGGUUUAUGAACAAGGUCUACCACCCUAACAUUGACGAAGUUUCAGGCACCGUAUGCCUGGACGUUAUAAACCAGGCUUGGACUGCCCUCUAUGACUUGUCAAAUAUUUUCGAAUCCUUCCUGCCUCAGCUAUUAACAUAUCCCAAUCCCAUCGAUCCUCUAAACGGUGAUGCAGCUGCUAUGUAUCUUCACAAACCAGAGGAAUACAAGAAGAAGGUAGCAGAUUACGUGAGGAAAUAUGCAACGGAAGAGGCAUUGAGGGACCAGGAGAAUGGCGGGACCGGAAACGGGAUGUCGUCCGAUAGCGAGUCAUCGAUGAGCGAUUUCAGCGAAGACGAGGCGCAGGACAUGGAGUUGUAACCAAAUAUUCUAUCAUCCAUACCCAUAUCCUUAAUCUCGAUUCCCUGUAAAACUCCGAUCGUUUGCCCUACCAAAUAGAAUGCUUAUAUUCCAAAAAGCUCCGGAAGAGAGCUUAACUUUCGGUUUUGGCCGCACGACGUUCUCGUCGCACGUAUCUCAGGUCGCGAUGGCCGACGACUCACGUUCUCCCUCCGACCAUCGUUCUCUCAUAGUCAUGUCCGAUAUACGAAGAUUUUAUUAUCUUACGGAAGAAUGUUAAAGGGAUAAAUAUGUCCCCC